CCGCCCCCGGCCCCGGCCCACCACGCGCCCGGAGCGGCCGCGGUGCUGGCCGAGCACUCGCUGCCCCCGAACCCGGCCGAGAACGCCCUGGGCUGCGCGGUGUACGGCAUCCUCCUGCAGCCCGACCCGGGCCUGCAGCCGCCGCCCCCGCACCACCCCCCGCACCCCCACCCCCCGCACCCGCCGCUGCAGCCCGCCGGGGAGCCCGGCCCGCCCAAGUGCGGGGUGUGCGGCCACGACCUGGCCCACCUGUCCGACCCCCACGAGCACCAGUGCCUGCCGGGGCACGACCGGUCCUUCCAGUGUACGCAGUGCCUGAAGAUCUUCCACCAGGCCACGGACCUGCUGGAGCACCAGUGCGUCCAGGCGGAGCAGAAGCCCUUCGUCUGCGGCGUCUGCAAGAUGGGCUUCUCGCUGCUGACCUCGCUGGCCCAGCACCACAGCGUGCACAGCGGCGGCGCCGCCAAGUGCUCCGUCUGCGAGAAGACCUACAAGCCGGCCGAGGCGGAGCCCCCGGCGGCGGCCGCGGACCCCGCCGAGAAGCCCUUCGGCUGCCCCGUCUGCCAGAAGCCGUUCAGGCACCUGUCGGAGCUGUCCCGGCACGAGCGGGUCCACACGGGCGAGAAGCCCUACAAGUGCACGCUGUGCGACAAGAGCUUCAGCCAGUCGUCCCACCUGGUGCACCACAAGCGGACGCACAGCUCGGAGCGGCCCUACAAGUGCCCGGUGUGCGAGAAGACCUUCAAGCACCGCUCGCACCUGGUGCGCCACAUGGACGCCCACUCGGGCGAGCCCCUCUUCAAGUGCGACGCCUGCGAGCUGCACUUCAAGGAGUCGUCGGAGCUGCUGCACCACCCCUGCACGCCCAGCGGCGAGCGGCCCUUCCGCUGCGGCGAGUGCCAGAAGGCCUUCCGGCGGCCCUCGGACCUGCGGCAGCACGAGCGGACCCACAGCGAGGCCCGCCCCUUCAAGUGCGACCUGUGCCAGAUGAGCUUCAAGCAGCAGUACGCCCUGAUGCGUCACCGGCGGACGCACAAGAGCGAGGAGCCCUUCCGCUGCGACCUCUGCCAGAAGGGCUUCGGGCAGCCCGCCCACCUGGUCUACCACCAGCACGUGCACGGCCUGGAGAGCCUCUUCAAGUGCAACGUCUGCCAGAAGGGCUUCGACCAGUCGUCCGAGCUGCUGCGGCACAAGUGCGCCCAGGCCGCCGAGCGGCCCUUCAAGUGCCCCGUCUGCGGCAAGGCCUACAAGCGGGCCUCGGCCCUGCAGAAGCACCAGCUGGCCCACUGCGCCGAGAAGCCCCUCAGGUGCACGCUCUGUGAGCGCCGCUUCUUCUCCUCCUCCGAGUUCGUCCAGCACCGCUGCGACCCGGCCCGCGAGAAGCCCCUCAAGUGCCCCGACUGCGAGAAGCGCUUCAAGUACGCCUCCGACCUGCAGCGCCACCGCCGCGUCCACACGGGCGAGAAGCCCUACAAGUGCCCCUCCUGCGAGAAGGCCUUCAAGCAGCGCGAGCACCUCAACAAGCACCACGGCGUCCACGCCCGGGAGCAGCAGUACAAGUGCAUGUGGUGCGGGGAGCGCUUCCUGGACCUCGGGCUGCUGCAGGAGCACAGCGUGCAGCACUCGGCCGAGGGGGCCUACCAGGUGGCCGCCUGCCUGCCCUGAGCCGGCCGGAUCGCGGGCGGGACGGCCCCGCUCCCGGUCCGGGCCCCGGGGGGCGAGGGAUGAGGCGGGCGGCGGCUUCCCCGCCUCACCCGCCGGGCCGAACGGGAGCUGAGUCCGGCGGGUCUCCGGCUCGGGAGGCCCCCGCGGUCCGUCCUCCCCGCCGGGCGCCCCUCCGCGGCGGAGAUUCAGAGCCGCGCGGCGGACCCGGCCGGCUCUCGCCCCGCCCCGGGAAGCGGACGUUGCGGCCCGUCGACGGGCUCUUCCGGGUUUCUCUUCUCAGUUCCGACGUCGACGAGACGGGUCUGCGAGGACCGGUUCCUCGGGGCUGGCGGCACGGGUGGGGGGCAGGAAGCUCGCGGGGCCUCCGGGCGCUCGCCGGGGGACGGA